CAGAUAACAGAGAUAGUACAUUACUGCUGGUCUAUGAACAAUAUGAUGAUGAUUUAUAGAAGCUUGGCGCAGUCGCAAAAACAUUUACAGCAACAAAAUCUUAUUUAAAAAUGUUAAAUACGCUGUACAGAAAGCCCAGGCAACAAUAAAGUAUUUAACGCACACACACUCAUACACACACACACACACACACACACACACACACAAAUAGGUUCUUGUAUUUCAAGGUUGCUGCUUCGGAUUCAUUUUUAGGGUGGAGUUCUUUCUUUGUGGCACGCACUCCCCACCCAUGGGUGCAGGUGUGCCUACCUUCCUUUUGGAAGUUUCAAACACGGAAGUUUCAGGACUGUCAUGACUCAAUUUACUACUGCACCUAUGGAGUGCUCAGUGGCUUGGCUUCCCUGUCGUGUUUUCCUCGAGGAAGCCAUGCAAAAGUGACCCGAACUACGCGACAAAAAUUAAAGUGGUCGAGGCAGGGAGCGAGAACAACUCUUCUGGACUUCAGGAACCAGGUUCCGACCCAAUGGCAUCCGCCGGACAGAUGCAUCCGACGGGCGGAGCGGGGCUCGUGGAGAGCCCGUCGCUCCACGGCAGCUCGGACAAUCUCAACUCCUCCGCUGUCAAUCGCAUGCUGAUGGAGUUCCUGAUAUACUUUGGCCGAGCCAUCCUCGUCUUCUACCCCGUGUAUCUGACAGGAUACCUGGGCCUCAGUAUCAGCUGGGUGCUGCUCUGUAUGAUGAUGGCCACCUGGUGGAAGAAGAACCGCCAGUGGAAAGACGCCCGGAUCGGAACCGCCAUCGACUUUGUGGAUAAUGAAGCUGUUGUGGUCAACAAGGAACUGGAGAAUACCUUACAAAUGGCAUCAUGGGUCCACUUUCCUGAUGUUGAAAAAGUUGACUGGCUUAAUAAGGUGUUGGAGCAGGCUUGGCCUUUCUUCGGGAUGUACAUGGAGAAACUCCUUAAAGAAAACAUCCAGCAAGCUGUCAGGCUCUCCAGCUCUGCGCUCAAAAUGUUCACUUUUACCAAGAUCCACUUUGGACACAUACCUCUCCGGAUCACUGGAAUGAAAGCAUACACACAUGAGGUGGAUCACAGGGAGGUGAUUCUGGACAUGGAUAUAUGUUAUGAAGGAGAUGUAGACAUCGAUGCUGAAGUGCAGCCACCAAUCACAGCUGGCGUUAAAGGACUUAAACUCAAGGGGAAUAUGAGGGUCAUUUUGGAGCCCCUUAUUGGUCAAGCACCACUGGUGGGAGGAGUCACCUUUUUUUUCAUCCGCCGCCCUACCCUUUCAAUCAACUGGACUGGCAUGACCAACCUUUUGGACAGCCCUGCCUUCAGCUCGCUGUCUGAGGACACCAUCAUGGACAUCAUUGCUUCACUCAUGGUGUUGCCCAACCGCAUGUGUGUGCCCCUCAUAGACCAGGUCAAAGUGGACCAGAUGAGGUUCCCGCUACCUCGAGGUGUGGUGAGGGUCCACUUGCUGGAAGCCAGAGACCUGCUGGCGAAGGACACAUACAUGAUGGGUAUAGUGAAAGGGAAAUCAGAUCCCUAUGCAACACUCAGAGUGGGCAACCGACAUUUCAAAAGCAAGACCAUCAAAGAGAAUCUGCACCCCAAAUGGAAUGAAGUGUAUGAGUUUGUCGUCCAUGAAGCUCCAGGGCAAGAGUUGGAGGUGGAGCUAUUUGAUGAGGAUGCAGAUAAUGACGAUCCACUUGGAACGUAUAAUCUUGAUUUUGGAGAAGUGAAGAAGGAGGUAGAGAUGGAUCAGUGGUUUCCUCUGCAAGGAGUCCAGAAUGGAGAGGUUCAUCUCAAGCUGCAGUGGUUUUCCCUGAAGACCGACUCCAGCCUGCUGAGGGAGUCUACAGACGGUCUUGCUUGUGCUAUGCUUGCAGUGUACCUGGACAAUGCCUCCAACCUACCAAAAGACCACAAGGAGAUCUCUGGGCAUCAAAAACACGGAAAGCAUUCAAAGGAAGCCCGGCUCACAAAGAGAAAUGGCGGCCCAAACUCCUAUGUGGAAUUUUCUGUUGAUGAGGAUGUGCAAAAAAGCAAGGUUGUGUUUGCAUCUAAAGACCCAAAGUGGGAGGAGGGCUUCACCUUCUUUGUGCGUAAUGUCAGAACACAGCAGCUCGUGGUUCAGGUCAAAGAGCACGAGAAGAAGGCUCAGCUCGGUAUUUUGAACUUGCCGCUGAGUCGCCUCCUCAGGUGCUCCGAUAUGAUGCUAGACCAGCGCGUGCCACUGGAGCACUCCGGAGCAAACAGCCAGAUCAAGCUGAAAGCAACUCUCAGGGUUCUUGCUGUUGAAAAGCCUCAACCAAAGAUUACGGUCAAUCCCUCUCCACAAGACAAACAGCUGAAAUCACAGACUAACCAACAAGCUAAUGCAGCUGUGUCCAAUCCCUACGCUGCUACAUCCUCCUCUCCAGCACUUUCCCCCAACACCGUCCCCACUGUCUCUGACCCCACCGCCCAGUCCUUAUCUCCAAACUGGGCUCCUGAAAACCAUAACAGCCCCGAUGAAACCACGUCAAACAUGCGUCGGUAUGACUCCCACAGCCUGCUGUCGGAAAACUCCAUGGCUUCAUCACGUUUUGACGUUUCAGAGGGCGCCUCGUAUCCAGAGGCAAUCAGGAAACAUCAGGGUUCAUUUGGGGAGAUCCAGCUGACUGUACGUUAUGCCACCCUGAGGAACAAACUCAUUGUCCUGGUUAACUCCUGCAGGAACUUAUUUCGCUUCAGUGAGAACGGCACAGACUCUUAUGUCCGCCUGUAUUUUCUCCCUGACCAAUCCUGGAUUCACCGCAAGAGGACACAUGUCAAGAAGAGGACAGUCAAUCCUGUCUUCAAUCACAAGUUUGAAUUUGAUGUGCCACUUGAAGAAGCAAAAACGAGGAAGCUGGAUGUGUCCGUGAAAAAUGGCAAAAUGUUCCACACACGAGACAGAAAGGACAUCGGCAUGGUGAUGAUAGAUCUUUCACAGCUGGAUUUAGUCAAAGGCAUCACAGAAUGGUAUGAGCUCACACUGCCAGGGCUGAAGAAAUACAGCUAGUGGGUAAAGCUGUAAAACUUCCAUUUUCCCUGCAGCUCCUCAGCUUCUGCGAGGCCAAAUGCAGGCCUGAUAACUGCUGAGAGAGCUGCAUACUGCUUUGUCUUCCUUAUCAUCGCGGACCAGAGUUGGGUUUUUCCAAAAGCAGCACUAAACUCAUCUUAGAUAGUGGACAUGUUUGGUACUGUAUGUCAAAGGCUGUGCGCUCACAGGCACAUACAGUAAUAUUCCAAACUACAUUCCUACUUUGGGUCUCACUUGGAAUUAAGUAUUUCAGUACAUCUUGUCCCACUUAUAGAUAUCGCCUAUGGUAUAACAAAAAUACACUGUGUUAAAUUAUCUUGAAGAGCAGAAAUGUAGCUGCAAAUAAAACUUUUAGACAUGCAGAUAAUGAUAACAAAAGCAGUGUAUUAUCUUAUGAUCCACUUUAUUGUAACUUAUAACCAAACAAUCCUUAUUUAUAAUGUACUGCUAAACAUUUACAUUCCAAAUUGUAAUUCAUCAGAACAUUUUUGUGUCAAGAAACAAGGUCACUUCUUUAAUGUGUAUAUUUUUUGUGAGAGGUUUGGUUUUUGAGUGGAUGUGUGAGACAUUUAUCCUUUGUGUUUUUGUGUAAAUAUUUGUAUUGAUAGUUUUUAUGUAAUAUUUUACAGUUGGGGAAAUAAACACAAAACAAGUGUGUACAAUCCAGGAGAGUCAUUUCAUAUAUGCCUUAAUAAACAUACAUAUUCACAGUUGGAAGAACCCAAAUACUACUAAGGGUUUAGUGUGGGCAACUGGGAAGUUCUCCUGAAGCAGUCGGUUCAUUACAUGGGAAAUGGCGCCCAAGCAAGACACAUGAGAAAUAUAGUUCUUUGCUCAAGGGAACCUUGACUAUAGUCACUGUGGCAGUGAGUACAUCUUUUAAACCUAACCCUCUUAGAUUUACGUUAUCUUUAAUAUCUUUAAUUUCAAUAUUUAAAAUACUCAGACAUAGCUUUAAUGAGUGGAUUACAUCAGUUUCCUGUUUUUUUUUAUAACACAAUAAACAAGCUUGUUUUUUCCCUGUUAACUCAGGAAGACAUGGAAAAAAUCCUCUUACAUAAGGUACAGCCAUAAUCACUAUACAUUGUUGUAGGCCUAUAUCUAGACUGCCAUUUAUGAUAGCCAUCGAUGCCUACUGUAUACAUUCAUUCAUUCAUCUUCUAACCGCCUCUUGAGGGUCGCGGGGGGGCUGGAGCCUAUCCCAGCUGACAUCGGGCGAGAGGCAGGGUACACCCUGGACAGGUCGCCAGACUAUCGCAGGGCUGACACAUAGAGACAAACAACCAUUCACACUCACAUUCACACCUACGGACAAUUUAGAGUUAACAAUUAACCUAGUCCCCAAUCUGCAUGUCUUUGGACUGUGGGAGGAAGCCGGAGUGCCCGGAGAGAACCCACGCUGACACGGGGAGAACAUGCAAACUCCGCACAGAAGGGCUCCCACACCCGGGAUCGAACCGGCAACCCUCUUGCUGUGAGGCGACAGUGCUAACCACCACACCACCGUGCCGCCCUACUGUAUACAUCUAUGCCAAAAAUUUUGUUGACUGCUUAUUGUAAAAAGUUUUGCCUUGACUAAGAUUAAGCUGUUUAUCUGUCUGUUUAAAUUAUUCAGUAGUCGAAGAAUUUAUGAAAAGCUUCCGGUUUUUGGUGUUUUUGAAUUGUCAGGUAACAUCUCCAUGUCAAAAAAUA